ACUCUUCUUCCUUUUCAUUCAAUUUCAAAGAAGGAUUCUUUUUUCUUACAUAUGCUUCAAUUAAGGCAUUUUUCAAGAAUAAGAGAAUCUGGGCUUACUUCUAAUGUUAAAAUUUCAUCGCCAAAUAGGAAUGACAUUAAAGGGCAGUUUAGUUCAAAAGAUAGGUAAUGCAAUCAAGGAAGUCGCAAGGAACAAAGGCUCAACAUGGUGGUACACACCUCACAUGGCUGCAGCGUCUCGUGCCAUAACCGAACGGAUCCCAUUGGUUGAUAUUCUCCUUGAAGUCAGAGAUGCGCGGAUUCCUUUAUCAUCAGCGUGUGAGCUAAUUAAGCAUCAUUCACCUUCCUCGAGGCGCAUUAUAAUUCUGAACAAGACAGAUUUAGCAAAUCACAUUCAAUUAAAGGAAUGGCUGAAAUACUUUGAGCAACAAAAGUGUCUUGUUUUUGGAGUCAAUUCCCAUAAUAAGGAUAACAUCAACGAGUUAUUGAACUUUCUGCGAGCCAGAGUUCGAGAAUUACCAAAGAUGGAUCAUGGGGAUCAGACAAUUGCAUUAAUGCUUGUCGGCAUUCCUAAUGUUGGGAAGUCUGCCCUUGCCAACGCAUUGCAUCAAAUUGGAAGGAUCAGUGCAGUGGAGAAAGGAAGAUUAAAGCAUGCCAUAGUGAGUCCUCAUCCAGGAGAGACAAAAAACAUUAGUGGCUUGAAGAUCGCCAGCCAUCCUAGUAUUUAUGUGUUAGACACCCCUGGUGUUUUCCCGGCUGAGAUUCUCGAUGCAGAAGUGUGCUCCAAUCUAGCUUUAACAGGUGCUAUCAGAGAUUGCUUGGUUGGAGAAAUGGAUCUUGCGGAAUAUUUUCUAUCCAUGUUUAACUUGAGUGAUGAAUAUAAGAAAUGGGCCAAGUUUUCAUUAUCAGGCGCUGAUGAUUGUUCUGAGUUAGAGAGAAGACAGAAGAGACAAUAUUUAACAGAUCACACGCAGGAUUUCAUUGUGAACAGAGCCCGAAGAACGCUCUUUGAAGCAGUUUCAUCUUUCAAUGGCAAUCUACGCGAUGAAGAAAUUAUGUCGCAGCUCAUCAAAGCAGAGUUUGCUGUUCUUCGCGAUGCUUUUAAUUUGCCUCCUGAUUCAGAUGAUGGUGUUCGUAAAGUGGCUGCUAAGUUGCUUAAUCUGUAUCGUACUGGAAGGCUUGGUCAUUAUACUCUAGAUCUUGUUCCAAGUAAUAACUAAGGAGAAGUCUUAUACGCGAGCUGCGACAGUCUUAGUUGAAGUGUCUAAAUGAAAAGACGUGACCACUUUAGAGGACUGUCUAUGUAUUCAACUAAAUUUGUUUGACGAUUAUCACAGAUAAACUUUACAUUCUGAAUCCACCUCUGAUUCCCGGCUAUAUUUUGUUAUCUGCUAAUUUAUGCAUAUAACAAGGUAUAUAAGUUACUCUGUUUAUAUUAGUAAAUUCAGUGUUUAAUUUCC